GAUCUCUGUGCUGCCGACUACUUUCAGUGUUCUCUCUUCUCCACUAAUUCAGAUCAAAUUCAAGAUUCUUCUUCUUCUUCUCAUCUCUAAGAAAAAUGGCGAGCAACAUGGAAGUUUUCUGUGAGAUCUUAAUCGCUAUCCUUCUUCCUCCUCUUGGAGUUUGUCUCAAACGUGGCUGUUGCACUUUAGAGUUCUUGAUUUGCUUGGUGCUGACAAUCUUAGGAUACAUCCCAGGGAUAAUUUAUGCACUUUACGUGAUUGUGUAUCAAAACCGUGAAGGCUCUCACGAACUCGGAGCACCACUCAACACAGCUUGAUCUCUUUACUCGGAUCAAUAUGUUGUUGAAACUGUUUUACUUAUCCUUUAUGUACCAAAUAAGUUGCUUUGCAAUUUUAUGAAUUGAAGAAUUGAGAACAUUGGUUAUCUUUUCGUUAUAUAACUUGUUGGCUUUUGCAAA